UGUUUUAUAAAACGCAUUAAACGUAAUAUAAAAAUAAAAAUGGAGGUCUUCAAAGAUUAAAAUCAGUUUGAUCGAGAAGACAAUUCCUGGGACAUAUGAAAUGUCCUUUAAGUUGAUCCGAAGUUUGUGAAAUUUAAUCUAUUCUAUUUUCUAGAUUACAUUCCAAGUGAUAAAUUAUCGUUCGGGAAUUCCGAGUUGAAAAGUUUGCAUAUCGAACAAAUUUAUCGCGUCAGACAUUUUGUCGUGAUGAUGCUUCACGCGAAAUGCAAUCUCCAGAGAUUUUCCUCAAGGCCUGGCGACGCACGUCGACAAAGAUAAAGCACCGGAAGAUGAUAAAAAAGCUAUCACUCGUAUGUCAACGGAAACUGUGUUCCCGCUCUCAGUUACAAGAACUUGCAACCCCAGAUGGGAAGAUGGAAGAGUCAUUUAUGUCAUUAUGUCUUUACCGCGCUUAAUGGCGCAAAUUCAAUUGUCUUUCAUCAAAAUCUUCGCAUAGUUUUAUUAUCAUAUUGUGAUCAGUGUGAAAUAUCAAAAUUGCAUGCCGGAAAUAUUUAAAAUAAGCUCGUGUAUAUUAAUUUGAAGUAAAGACAAUAUUCACUUCUGAUGUUUGUUUUUGAAAUAACGAAGAUGAAGUGUUCUUCAAUGAUAUGGAUGUUAUUUUUUAUCUUCGGCCAGUGCAUUAUUUACUCUUGGCAGGUGCCGACGCGAUUUGAGUGUCCCACGUUGCGAUUGAAUAACGGAAGAAUUCGCUAUCGAGCACGAGGUCGAAUCGUAAGGUUUAGCUGUCUUCAGGGAUUCAGUCUCGUAGGUAGCAGGUAUUCUUCAUGCAUACAUGGCCAAUGGGACACGCCUAUUCCCGUGUGUGUGAGCACGGGUUGCUCUGAACCUUAUCUUGUAGCGAAUCACACAUUUAUGGUAUCAAAAUUGGAUGGUGCAAUAUUAAUGUUUUUCUGUGAGCCUGGUUACUUCCUGGUCGGCAGCGCUGAAAUUUAUUGCGAUGGACGCCAAUGGAACGAAACGACUCCUUAUUGUCGAGCGACACAGGCAACCCCGCCGACAAAAUGCGAUUUUGAAAGCACAGAUCUUUGCUGGUGGGAACAGGAUCCGCAGCAUAAUUUCGAUUGGAAACGCCAUAACUUUGAGACACCAAGUUCGCACGUCGGCACAGGACCGACGCACGAUCAUACUCUCGGAGUCGGAAACGAUGGCCACUAUCUUUAUAUUGAAGCAUCCGGACGAUUAAUGAACGAUACGGCAAGAAUCAUGUCUCCCUUAUAUAAUUCUUCAUUAACUGAAUCGGGAUGUUUCUCAUUAUGGUAUCAUAUGUAUGGUGCCUCGAUAGGCUCAUUGAAUGUAUAUUUCAAGCAAGAGAAUAUUACGAAGCCACUCUUGAUGUUCACCAAAAGUGGAAAUCAGGGAAAUCAAUGGAUUCGUGGAAUUUUUAAUCUACCGAAAGCUAAUGCCAGCUUCCAAAUUAUUAUAGAAGGUGUGCGAGGUAGCAGUUACGUGAGUGAUAUUGCAAUAGACGAUAUUGCCAUUUUACAAGGAGACCAAUGUAUCGUUAAAAACGAGUCCACUAGUGUAACUAUAAGCGAUGAUGAUCAGGUCGAAAUAGUAAACUCACAACAAACUUGUCGGAACAGAUGUUCUUCGUCGGAAAGCGUUGUUUUUUCCACACCAGCCUUUGGCCCGGAGAGUUGCCUUUGCACGAUAGAUUGUGCAGAACGUUCUAUUUGCUGCCCGGAUUAUGCUGAGUACUGUAUUCUAGGAAUCGUUUCGGAACGAUUCGAUGAUGUGACAACGGUAUCGAGUAAUACUACGAUUGCACCACUGAAACCUACUACUCUGAUAGGCUUUCCCAUAAAUCCGAAAGACGACAUCGACCCAAGUGUGUCCAAUUCGAUAUCGCCGACUACGCGAAGACCCACGAUCACGACGGUCAAGGUUCAAUCGAAAAAACCUUCAUGGAAAACCACAACAACGGUGAAGACAACGACAACAACUGUGAAGACAACGCAGCAGGCGGAAACGAAAGAAACGCCUUUCGUAGCCAAAAUAACUUCGACAACAAAAUUCGUUAACCUUCAGGAUCGAUCUGAUCUACACGACAAAGAGCCAAAUUCGGAGAAGAUAAAACAGAACGGAGGCACCGAAGGGCUGAUGAUCAUCAUUGGAGUCGGUGCAACUCUACUUAUGCUCUCCGUAAUAUUUAUAAUCGCAAUUAUCGUUAUCAGGAGAAGGAAAACUUACAAGAGAGGAACGAGUAGUUCAGCGCUCUCGGAGGACAGCGACGUCCGUUUCUUAACAUCGGACGAAAUUCUCGACUUCAACUUGGCUCGACCUACUGAUAACGAUGAAAUGUAGUCUCAUGUUAUCAAAAUUCCACUUUUAAACGAGCUAAAUAGAAUUAAAUUAAAUUGAUUAAAUAAUGGAUUAAUAAAUUAAUUAAGCGAAUAAAAUCACAUAGAAUACUCAAGCGAAACAUAAUCGCAGCUGUAUUUUAUUUUUAUUGAGCUUCGUUGUUCAAUUCUAAACGGCAUAAAAUUUUCAAUUCUUAUUUACCUUGAAGAAAUUGUAUGUUUCUUUAAGGUAUUAAAACUAUGUAUAUUUUUGUGAAAAUAAAAUGUAUUAUAAAA